GUUGAUAUCUGCCAUUCUUUGAUCACUGCUCUUUGUAUGUUCAGCCUGUUACCCCUGAGUUGGCUCUCCGUUGGCCGACUAAUAGGAACCAGCGAAUACGAGGCCUGUUUGCUCGUCAUAAGGAAGUCGAGAACAUUGGAGUUGCUAAGUUACUUGGUAGUGCUGAAUUCACUAAUCCGAGAGAAGAGAUGGACUCCAGCCAUGACAACAAUAAUAAUCCAGGAUGCUUCCCAGUCAGUCAACAGUGGUGGGGCCCUUAAGGGCAGAAGCCAGAACGGGUCAAGAGAAUUGAUUGAUUGAAUAAUGGAUGGAGAGAUGCCCCACACCUUCUUGACUUACG